UUAUUUUUUUUUAUAGGUACAUUGUUAAUUUCGUAAACAAUUACCUAAUUAAUAAUUUAAUAGAAUAUUUGUGCCACACUUUCUAGUUUCUUCUUAUAAAUACAGGAUUAAAAAAACGCAAUGCCUCGAAAAAGAGUGGCGUCUAAAGCCUUUUGUUGGUUAAGUGAAACAGUUAUAAUUGAGCAAAAAGUUUCAAAUUCAUUUCAAUAUUAUACAAAGUUUCACUUCAAUGAUAUAAUAGCGGAGGUUGGAGAUUUCGUGUUAAUAUCAAAUGCAGAUUCAGCCGAACCGGACACAGAAGAAGGUUGUGAUGCCGCUAAAAUAAUAACGUUAUACGAAGAUGCGGACAAUAAAUAUGAUCCAUAUAGAGCAAAAGUUCAAUGGUACUCGAAACCAACUGAUAUACCGAAAGGCUGUUUAAAUAAUGUACAUAUAGACUUUUUUGAGAAAGAGGUACUUGAAGAUUAUAGACCAUUUGAUACAGAUGUUUCAAUUGAAACAUUUUUCAAGAAAUGUCAAAUAACACUUACAUUUACUAAAGAUACAAAUGACUACAUGAAACACAAAUCAUACAACUAUAUCUGCCGCUACCGGAUAUUACCUAUAACUAAAAGAAAAUUUAGCAUUGAGCCUGUGUUAGAAGAGGAAAGAAAAGCCUUACAAUUGUUAGUUACUCCAAGAAAAAUGACAAGAACUCCGACGAGUGCAACUCCUACAACACCACCUAGUCUAGUCAAAAGAAUGGGUAGAAUUUCCAUUUCUGAAAGGAGUUGGAGUGUUAGUAAAAAUGAUGGAACUAAACUUUUACUUAAACGAGCUAUCUUAACUGAUAAAAAUGACAAAGAAAUCAUCAAAACUCCUAUUGAUUAUCAGUCACCUGUGAAAGAAACACCAAAGAGUUCAAAAAAACUGAGUAAAAAAAUCAUAGAAGAAAUAUUGUCCAUGGAAUUAAAAGAAAAUUCUGAAGAUGAACUGCCCACAUUAAUUAUAAGACAGCAUACACCAAGUACACCAAAACGAAAGACUCCUUUAAAAAAAUCUAUUGAAGAAACUCCAAAAAAAGUUUUGGUUUUUGAAGAUGAAAAUAAUGACAUCUAUUCUACUCGUUCUAAAAGAGCAACAAGAAGUAUUAUCACAUACAAGGAGCCUGAAAUAUCUCCUAUUAAAAGAACACCCCAACGAAGAGCUCGCAAUGUGUCUGAAGAUAAUGAUGAUUUUAUGUUAACACCUAAAUCUCAAAAGACGCCAUGCACACCCAAAACUCCACGGAACAGAGGCUCUAUCACUCGAACUCCAAAAAGUGUACGGAGAAUAUUGACAAAGGAUCUGACACCAACCCUCCACACAAGGACACACAGUUUAAAUAAUGUUGAUGAGUAUACAAAAGAGAAUAGGUCUUUACCUGGAAGAGAGAAUCAGUUGGAAGAAAUUUUAACUUUUGUUAGAUCAAGGUUAUUGGCCAAUAGAAGUGGAUGCAUGUACAUAUCGGGAAUGCCUGGAACAGGCAAGACGGCAACAGUGAACACUGCACUGAAAAUACUAAAAGAAGAGGCUGAUUUACCCGAGUUUCAACUUGUCGAAAUUAAUGGAAUGAGAAUAGCAGAACCCAGGCAGGCCUAUGUGCAAAUUUAUAAACAACUUACAGGCAAGACAGUGGUAUGGGAGCAAGCGAGUACACUGCUUAAUAAACGAUUUACAAACCCGGGCCCCAGACGAACCCCUACUGUGUUACUUGUUGACGAGUUGGAUGCGCUCUGCAACCGUCGGCAAGACGUCCUGUACAGUAUAAUGGAGUGGGCGGCGAACAAAACCGCCUUGUUGUCAGUACUCGCCGUCGCUAACACUAUGGACUUGCCCGAGAGGGCGCUAGCGGCGCGCGUCGCGUCCCGUUUCGGUCUCAUCCGACUGACCUUCGAGUCGUACACGUACACGCAGCUCCAAUGCAUCGUAGCUACCAAGCUGGCCGGGGCUAACGUGACGUCGGACGCAGUACAGCUGAUUGCCAGGAAAGUGGCAGCAGUAUCGGGUGAUGCACGUCGAGCUCUAGCCCUGUGCAGCAGGGCGUUGGAGCUGGCUGGGGACAAGCAGGCUGGUCUGAAAGAAGUCCAAGGAGCUCUCGAGGAAGCUGCAUCCACUGUGGCUGUCCGAGCUAUCCGGAACUGUUCACCUGCUGAGAAACUUAUGUUGAGAGCUGUUGCUGCCGAGGUUGAAAGAACAGGUUCGGAAGAGACAACGCUAACCCGCGCCUUAAUGACCGCGGCAGCAAUAGUCGCACUAGACGGCCGUCCCUACCGCAGCGCGCCCAAUAUCCGGGCUCCGACACCGUCUCAGGCCUUCGCCAUUUGCUCUCGAUUAGCCGCCGACAACCUAUUGCUGCUGCACCCCAAACCCUCAGAACCGAGGCUCCUACUGGUCUGCACAGCGGACGAUGUCCAUUAUGGCACAAGGCAGAUUACAGUUUAAAUUAUUGACAAUUUGUGUUGUAAACACUUUUUAGUUUUAAGAAUUCUGAAACAACAUGCCGUCGCUAAAACUGCGACUAACCGUGAGGAAAAAUUCAAAAACAGAGUUUCGUUCUCGGCAAUUCCUCCUCCAAAAAGUAACCAAUCGUAAUUUUGGAAACUAACUGGAAAGGAUAUAUUCUAUGUCGAGCUAAUUUGAUUUUUUCGCCUAUUGUUGUCGGAUUUGUAUACAUGUCCGUCUGUCUACGGCCUGUAUGGUUAAGCCGUUUGACAGUUAUUUAUGUACCAUAAACGAAAAAAAGUUAAACACAGAGACUCAGCUGAUAAUGAUGACAUUGAACUUAUUUCAAAAUAAUUUUGAUCUAAAGUAAGACCAAGGAGAAAAGCGUCAAAUACAUUUGGAGGGUAAAAUGGUUUCCUAUUAAAUAGCCACUUUCCUUUGCGAUCUUAUUUGCCAUGUGGACUUUCAAUGAGCGUGCGAGCCCGCUGAAACGGCGCUUUCAAUAAUGCAGAAAUUAUGGGCCUCGAAAGUCCAUGUCGCGGAGGAUAAUGAUUAAGUAUUUAUAUUACCUAUGCACCUCACGCGGUGACGUCACUCCGAGGACAAGGUUUACAAAAAUAAUUAUCCACAUAAAUUCUUAAAAAUAUUGUUAUGAAUUUAGUAAAAACAAUAUUAUGCACGUAUUAUGUAUGAAUUUGUAGAAAUUCGUACAGUGGCUUAACUACUUGGAAAACAAAGAACAGUUAUAGUGAACUCAAUGCAACAAUCAACUAGGUCCAUAUGAAAUAAAUUUAUCUACCUUAAUUCAUAAGAAUUUCUAUAUCUACAGAAUUUUAUCUAUUUUUUUAAAAUAUUUUGUAUUUGUGUAAAAGUGACAUAAGCGUUUUUUUUUAAUUAAUAUGAAUUUAGAUAGUAAGAUUGACAUAUUAAUAUUAAUGAUAAUAUAUUAUUAUAAAUAUUGACAUAAUAUAAGAUUAAUGAUUGAAUGACGUUUGCGUUAUAUUUUAAUUCUAAAUAAUCUUAAAUUAGGGAUCGCUUAUCAUAAAACAAAAUCUGAAAGUAAUAGAAACUGUCUGAAGGUAAUAAAACUCUACUUUGUAAGACUAAAUUAUAAGUAAUUUAAUAUGUUUAACCGGUGAUUUCAAUCAAUUGACCUUAUAAUUAAACAAUAAUUAUUAUGUAACAGUGAUGAAUAAAUUAUUUUCUAAUUA